AGAGACCUUGAAAAGGUAGGAUUCGCGCUGCAUCCUGGGUACAUAGCUCCAUGGUGAUGCAGUGUGCCUGUUUGUGUAGACUGGAAACCCAGAGUAAAGUAAACGGGGGAGGGUCGUCAACGGGGGGGCUUUCAGCGAGUUACAAUGCGUCUUUCACGGUGUUGAGCGGUCUCGGUGCACGAUGAGCCAACUUCGCCGGUCGUCUCGAAGCGGAAUGAGUCAGUCCUGAGCCCCAGUAAACGAGUCCUUCUUUUGGCGGAGGGGGAGACAGAGAGAGAGAAGCGAGCAUGCAGAAGCCGAGCGCCCCGCUCCCUGUGGUCGGCUUGACUGGGAAAUGGUAGCGUACUGUAGGAGCCGCACUUGGAAGGAACAUGGUCGAGAGGAGCAGCAAAUUCUUGUUGAUCGUCGUCGGAUCCGUGUGUUUCAUGCUGAUCCUCUAUCAGUACGUGGCUCCCGGGGUGAUCAAUUUCGGCUCCCCGCACGGUUAUUUCACGGAAGAAGACGAGGGGGACAUCUUCCCCACUCCGGACCCCCACUACGUUAAGAAAUACUACUUCCCCGUCAGGGACCUGGAGAGGACGAUCGAUUUCCAAAUCAAAGGGGAGGACGUGAUCGUGUUUCUGCACAUCCAGAAGACCGGCGGGACUACCUUCGGGAGGCACCUGGUCCAGAAUGUCCGCCUGGAGGUCCCCUGCGACUGCAGACCGGGCCAGAAGAAGUGUACCUGCUACCGGCCGAACCGCAAGGAGACCUGGCUCUUCUCCCGGUUCUCCACCGGCUGGAGCUGCGGCUUGCACGCCGACUGGACCGAGCUCACCAACUGUGUGCCGGGGGUCCUCAACAAGAAGGAGAACAAACAGAAAAAUCUAAGGAAGUUCUACUACAUCACUCUGCUGAGAGACCCUGUGUCUCGAUACCUCAGCGAGUGGCGGCAUGUGCAGCGGGGAGCCACAUGGAAAACCUCCCUGCACAUGUGCGAUGGACGGACGCCCACGCCCGAGGAGCUGCCCUCCUGCUACGAGGGCUCCGACUGGUCGGGGUGCACCCUGCAGCAGUUCAUGGACUGUCCCUACAAUCUGGCCAACAACAGACAGGUUCGUAUGCUAGCGGACCUGAGCCUCGUCGGCUGCUACAACAUGUCCACGGUUCCAGAGAAGAAGAGGGCCCAGCUUCUCCUGGAGUCGGCCAAGAAGAACCUUCGAGACAUGUCCUUCUUUGGUCUGACAGAGUACCAGAGGAAAACCCAGUUCCUGUUCGAACGAACCUUCAGGUUGCGCUUCAUCCGGCCUUUCAUGCAGUACAACAGCACCAGAGCUGCAGGGGUGGACUUGGACAACGCUACGAUCCAGCGUAUAGAGGAGCUGAAUGAGCUGGACAUGGAGCUCUACGACUACGCCAGGGACCUGUUCCAGCAGCGCUACCAGUACACGAGGCAGCAGGAGAGGCGGCAGCAGCGCAUCAAGAACCACAUGCAGCAGAGCCACCAGGGCCUGGGCCUGGGCGUCAGCCUGUGGCCCUCCCACGGCCGGCAGAGCUCGGUGUCGACGCUGGAGGACGGAGAGGGGGAGCGGGAGGAGGGCGAGGAGGGAGGCAGAACCGAGGAGGCGGGCGGCAGGCUCCCCACCGAGGACUACAUGAACCAGAUCAUCAACCGCUGAGAACGACAGCCAAUUACAGAAUCCAAAUCUCACAUAGGUGCGAAAGAAUCAAAGGCAGGGAGAGGAGGAGGAGUGAGUCCGCUGCAGGUUGUUGCCAGGAACCGUGCUGUGUGAGCGACGAGCACUUUGGAAACCUGAACUCAGAAAAAUGCUUGAGACGGGAGUUGUGGAACUACUGGGUCACCUUGGCAAUAGUGAGCCCUUAAUGUGCUGGUGGUGGCAUUUUAAAUUUCUCCGAGCUGCGUUGUAAAAGCGUCGGUCUCAAACAAGACUCCUUCCCACCUGCUGAAAGGGCACACGCAGCGCCGGUGACCUGCAGUUCAUUGGUUUGACCGGUUAUUACCCUGAAGAAGGCACGGGGCGAGGUAGCAGUGCCUCUAUGUACUGAGAUCACAGUUAACAUAAUUAUGUCUGCAUUAUUCUACAUUUCUCUGACUACUCGUGUGUCUGUGGCUGAGUGUGUGUAUAUAGUAUGUACAGUACGCCUUUGAUUGGCGUAUGUGUAUGCCUUUGUAAAUAGUGUGCCUGACUGAGAGAGGAUGCCUGAUGAGUUUUUGUGAAUGACAGGUUCCAUGACCAAUUAUCUUGCCAUUUGUUUUGGUGGUGGUGCUGGUGGUGCUGGUGGAGGUGGAGGGGCGGGGCAACAAAGUCCCUCCAACUGCAUGUCACAGCAGUGUGACCGUUGCGGUGAUGCAAGCCAAUAAUACUCCCCUCUGACCUCUCCUUUAACAUUUUCCUUCCCCCCCCUUUUCUUGUCUCCUCCCAGUGACGUUGCGCAUGAGGACUGUAUCACUAGAAAUGAUCCAAAUCCUAAUUUCUACUUUUAAAAAAAUCUGCGUGUGUGACACGUCUUUACUCAUGACAGCAAAUUCUACAAGUAGGGUUACAAGGCGGCUCCACCAAUUGCACCAUUUCUUGUUUUUUUUUACCCAAUCAGUAAUUUUGACUUUGGUAUUUUUAAUUUGUCAAGCGCUUGUGUUUCUGUUUUUUUUACAGAAUUUGAUUCGGCAGGUUCUCGUUUGGUAAAAUAUCCUCCUUCACUGAGCUCUGAUCCUCACCUCAUCUCUUAUUGAAUGUAUCGUCUCUCCUGCUCUGUAGAACACACGUAGAGAGCUUUUGUUAUAACGACAAACGGAAAGUAGACCCAUUUGUGAUCUCAGCACUCUGUACAUUACUCUGUCAUAAGCUGACACAGCGUUCCCUACGCAAACCUUAGGGGAGAAUCUAAACUUUAUUUUUUUUAUUAGUCAUCCAGCAGCAGCUGCGGGAAUUUGUUGUAGCCCUACAUGUGUCAGCUAAGGGCAAAAUUCACAUUUAAAUCUUAUCUUCACAUAGAUUGUGACGGCAUGACCCGAGCAGCUGACUUAUAGAGGAAGGUUGCGGAAAAUAUCAUUUAAAUGCUGGUUUCAUCUCAGCUAAACAUUUUAUCAGUCAAAAUAAAAAUCACUUUGGAGACGCAAACCUGCUACAGGAUAAAACUCACAAUCUGACUUUAGAUCUAUGUAGGAAACACACUCUGAAUUAUUUAUUAAGUAACGUACAGAGUACUGAGUUCUCAGAUUAUAGAUUAUACAAGAUGAAUCCAAGAAACAUUAAUUCGAUAAUGGCAAAAAUUAAACUUUGUCUGUACUCAACCAAAGAUGGUUUGUGGGAGAAAAGAAUAGAACGUGUGGGUUGUAGUUCAACAAAACCAACAAAGUGGUUAUUCUUCUCUCGAGAAUCUGUUAUGAUUGCAUCACGUUCAUUUCAACAUUUCCAUGAAAAUAUUUCAAAAUUAUCCUUUUAAUAGUUCUGUAUCAGGACUUCCAGCAUUCUGAGCAAGUUGCUUGCUAAACGUGGGUUGUAAAGUAAAAAAAAAAGAAAAGCAUCACUUGUUAUUUCAAUGUGCCAGAUGCAUUUAAACAACACUUCGUUUGUUAUCGUAGUAAUCUCAUUUUAGCGGCGCUUUGUAACACAUUUCUGUCACCUCGGCUAACGAAAGGUGAUAACAGAGUUUUCAUUCAGACUCUAAACUGAAGAAGGUUCAAUAAGGGACUCAAAAAGGAUUCAGAUUUCAUUUGCAAAUUUAAUACUGAAUUCAUACUCAAUGAAAUGUUAUCCAACCCCAAAAAAAUCAGAGCAAUAAAAUGGAAUGUCAAGAAGACGAAGCUGGAGAAAGAGAAUGUAAAAGUGGGGAGAAGAUGCGUCCAGCACGAUUCAAUUCAAAUGAAUGUAGUUUGGUGUCAUCCAGGGAGGCAAUGGGAGGAUGCAAGCUUCCUUUGGAAAAGGAUCAAUAAUAUGUUGCACCCUGCUGUUAACAAUAGAUUUUUACGUCUGAAGGAAGAAGACGCCAGCAAUUUAGCCGCCCACCACCCUCCUUGUUAAAUUUCAACUAAUCACCCUGCAUCCUCAGCGUCUCUCCUUUUGAUCAGCGCCUUUCAAAUCAGGGAUGAUUCAUGAAGGGAAGGAGAGGAACAAGGGGGGGAUGAUGAAAGCUAUUGGGAUGCAUCCAGUGUCAAUAUGCUGCUUUUUGUGUAGCCUUCAAAGUAACGCAAAUGGAUAUGGGAAGAGAGAUCUCCCUCUUUUUUUUUUUUUUUUUGUUUCAUAUUAACUUCCCCGUCAUUGUUUUUUUUUUUUUUAAUGAAACCAAUGACUUGAAAACACUGCAGCUCCGGGCAUUUUGCCCACAAACCUCCUUUUUUCUUAAAGUCAGACUUGCGUAUUUGGCUCCAAACCAAUAUCUGACUCUGCAUUAGUGGUUAAAGAGAGAAUACAAAACUGAUUCUCUACCUUCAGAGUGAUGUUUUUAUUUUCGGCGUUUCAGUUUCAAGCGACCAUCACACUUGAAGCGGUCCUCAAAAAAUGACUCCCCGUCACCUGAACAGUGUGUGAAAGACAAAAUCCUUUCACAGAAAUUCUUCCAGGAAUUAAUGCCGUAAAGCUAUACUCAAACAUGUUAUGUCUCAUCACUAUGUAUAUCUGAUGUCUUAACAGCGUUUGCUUUGUGACAAUGAAGCAGCCCAUGUGUCGCUAACGUCAUCCCUUUUGUUAUUUUAUUUUUUUUAAAAGAGGUGUUGAAAACUGUGUGAUAGAGACUUGUUCUUUUGGAUUGGUGUGCAGUCUGUCUCUGGCUCCUUCUGUAUGCAUCAUUCUGGGUUUGUUUCUUAUGAUUGCAAAAAGAUGAAUCAUCAAGCCACCGAUUAAAAUAUUUCAUUUUUACAGA